UAUGCGAACCGUACUCAAAAUGCAAUCCUUGGCGCCAUAACUCUCACACUCGCCCAAAAGCCCGCUUCAUCGCUGGCACUCGCUAGCAGUCGAAGAGAGCAGAGAACAGAGCAAGAGAAGCGAAACGCGAGGCCUAACCACCAACACCAUCGAUCAUCAUGACCGAGGUUGUAUCUCUCAUGGACAUCGACGACGACGAUCACAAAAACGACAACAACCACUCUCUCAAGCCCAACAACGGCAAGGGAAAGAACGUCGUCGUCGUGGAGGGUCAAGCCAUCCCUUGGGUCGAGAAGUACCGUCCUCAGUCCCUCGCCGACGUGGCCGCUCACCGUGACAUUGUCGAUACCAUUGAUAGGCUGACGAGCGAGAACAGAUUGCCCCAUCUCCUAUUGUAUGGCCCGCCUGGCACGGGCAAAACAUCGACUAUUCUUGCUGUGGCGCGCAAGCUUUAUGGAGUGCAAUACCACAAUAUGAUUCUGGAGCUGAAUGCGUCAGAUGCUAGGGGAAUUGAUGUUGUGCGACAACAGAUACAAGAUUUUGCCAGCACUCAGAGCUUCUCUUUUGGUGUAAAGGCGUCUGUAAAGUUGGUCUUAUUGGAUGAGGCUGAUGCUAUGACAAAGGAUGCACAGUUUGCCUUGCGCAGAGUGAUUGAGAAAUACACAAGAAACACUAGGUUCACACUUAUUUGUAAUCAUGUCAACAAGAUUAUUUCGGCACUACAGUCAAGAUGUACCCGGUUUCGUUUUGCUCCUCUUGAUUCUUUUCAUGUCACUGAGCGACUCAGACAUGUUAUAGAAGCUGAAAAGCUUGAAGUAUCCGAAACUGGCUUAGUGGCACUCGUACGACUUAGCAAUGGUGAUAUGAGAAAGGCUUUGAACAUUUUGCAGUCAACGCAUAUGGCUUCUCAGCAGAUAACAGAAGAAGCUGUUUACCUGUGCACUGGAAAUCCAUUACCCAAAGACAUUGAGCAGAUAUCAUACUGGCUUUUGAAUGAUUCAUUUGCAGAGAGCUUUAAACGAAUAUCUGAAAUGAAGACGAGGAAAGGAUUGGCCUUGGUAGAUAUUGUGAGAGAGGUGACAAUGUUUGUUUUCAAGAUCAAGAUGCCAUCAGAUGUUCGAGUUCAGUUAAUUAAUGAUUUGGCUGACAUAGAGUACGGGUUGAGUCUCGGGUGCAACGAUAAAUUGCAACUGGGAUCGCUUAUUGCUUCUUUUACACGAGCUCGCUCUGCUUUGGUUGCCGCUGCAACGUAAUAAUGUUUAUCUUAUCAGGGGGUGUUGCUUUCCCUUGGCAUGAGGCAUACAGUUCGAUUAAUCUCUCCAUGGGCACAGAAGUAGACAGAAUCUCAAGAUGUGCGGUUUGAUUUUGGCUCCAAGAGUGUAUCUUCGCUUAUGUAGUCUGCAGGUAACUUGACUUAGAAUGUGAAGUUGUAAGCUGCAAUUGUGCCAACGGUCAAGAUUUGUACCAUCAACAUGCUGUGUCGCGUGCUAUGCUGGCAACAAAGUUUAUGGUGUAAUGGAGGCGACAAAUUUAAUUCCUACUUUUGUUUUUUUGGACAAGAAUUAAGUGAGACAAACUUAGUAUAGUUUAUUAGAUUUCAA